CCCUGAGCUCCCUAGAAGGUUAUGCGUUGCUGAGGUUCAGUGCGCACAGCAGCAGGAUCAUAGAAUACUGUGGGAGCGUGGGAGGUUAGUAGAGGCAUUGCCCUCUGUCCUGGGACAUAGCUCAUCAUGCUGCCGCUCUCCAAAUACACACUGCAAGUACAUCAGUGUCUGCAUCACUUAACACCUUUGAAGAAUGGUCUACAGACUUCUUGCGUCAAGAGAUGGGCUUCGUCCUCUGUGCCACGCAUUACCACACACUACACCAUCUGUCCUCGAGAACAUGACAAAAGAUGGGAAGGAGUAAACAUGGAAAGGUUUGCAGAAGAAGCAGAUGUGGUGAUAGUGGGAGGUGGUCCAGCUGGACUCUCUGCUGCGAUACGCCUGAAACAGCUUGCAGCCGAAUCCAAUAAAGAGGUGCGCGUGUGCCUGGUGGAGAAAGCAGCCCAGCUUGGGGCACACACACUGUCGGGAGCUUGUCUGGAGCCCAGGGCACUGCAGGAACUUUUCCCAGAUUGGAAGGAAAGAGGGGCUCCACUCAAUACCCCAGUAACAGGAGACAAGUUUGGGAUAUUAACUGAAAAACACAGGAUACCUGUGCCUAUCCUUCCAGGCCUUCCGAUGAAUAAUCAUGGAAAUUAUAUUGUGCGUCUUGGGCAUCUAGUUAGCUGGCUUGGAGAACAAGCUGAAUCACUUGGAGUUGAAAUUUAUCCUGGAUAUGCUGCAGCAGAGGUACUUUUCCAUGAAGAUGGAAGCGUUAAAGGCAUAGCAACUAAUGAUGUAGGGAUCCAGAAAGAUGGCUCCCCAAAGGGUACGUUUGAGCGAGGUUUGGAGCUACAUGCAAAAGUUACUAUCUUUGGUGAAGGCUGCCACGGGCACCUUGCCAAACAGUUGUACAAACAAUUCAAUCUAAGAGAGAACUGUGAACCACAGACGUAUGCAAUUGGCCUUAAAGAGCUGUGGAUUAUUGAUGAGAAGAAGUGGAAGCCUGGUCUGGUGGAGCACACGGUGGGCUGGCCUUUGGAUAGACAUACCUAUGGAGGAUCGUUUCUGUAUCACCUUAAUGAGGGAGAGCCACUUGUUGCACUGGGGUUUGUGGUUGGACUAGAUUAUCAGAACCCAUAUGUGAACCCUUUCAGAGAAUUUCAGAGAUGGAAGCACCAUCCCAGUGUUAUACCUACACUGGAGGGUGGAACCAGGAUUGGUUAUGGAGCUAGAGCCCUCAAUGAAGGAGGGUUUCAGUCUUUACCAAAACUCACCUUCCCAGGUGGAAUUUUUGUAGGGUGCAGUCCAGGCUUUAUGAAUGUACCUAAGAUUAAAGGGACUCACACUGCUAUGAAGAGUGGUAUGCUGGCCGCAGAAGCCAUCUUUAAACAACUAUCUGAUGACAAUCUCCAGUCAAGUACUCAAGGCCUGAAUGUUCCAGAGUAUGAAGAAGCACUGAGAAAGUCCUGGAUUUGGAAGGAACUUUAUUCAGUGAGGAAUAUCAGACCUUCCUGCCAUGGACCUCUGGGUUUGUAUGGUGGAAUGAUCUACACUGGAAUCUUCUACUGGAUACUCAGAGGAAAGGAACCCUGGACACUAAAACAUAAAGGUUUGGACAGUGAUCAGUUAAAACCUGCUAAGGACUGCACACCAAUUGAAUAUCCAAAGCCUGAUGGGAAGUUAAGUUUUGACCUCUUGUCAUCAGUGGCUCUCAGUGGCACUAACCACGACCAUGACCAACCCCCACAUCUAACGCUAAAGGACGACAGCAUACCAGUAAACCGAAAUCUUGCCAUAUAUGAUGGGCCAGAGCAGAGAUUCUGCCCAGCCGGGGUAUAUGAGUAUGUUCCUCUGGAAUCUGGUGAAGGGUCACGGUUACAGAUCAAUGCUCAGAACUGUGUCCACUGCAAGACCUGUGACAUCAAAGAUCCAAGUCAGAAUAUUAACUGGGUUGUUCCAGAAGGCGGAGGAGGUCCGGCUUACAAUGGACUGUAAACGCAGAAACAAUGUUGAUUAAACAAAUCUGCGUCAUGGGAUCAUUGUUUCGAAGGAAAUGUAAUUUCUAAUGAAAUUCAAAAUGAAUCUGUAAGUGUUUUAGGAUUUUUCCUAUUUGAUGACGGAGUUGCAUUAACUUA